AUGGGUCCAACGCCUCUGAGCCCGCCCUCAAUGCUGUGGCCGCCGCUGCUCCUUCUGCUCCUGUUGCUGUUGGGACCCGGACUCGGGCCUACUUCCCAGAGGUCACACGUGCACCGGCGUGGGCUUCUAGAACUGGCAGGGACCAUGAACUGUGUUGGCAGCCGCAGCCCCCUGUCCUACAUAAGCUAUGGCUGCUAUUGUGGCCUGGGGGGCCAUGGCCAGCCCCGCGACGCCAUCGACUGGUGCUGUCACCGGCACGACUGCUGCUACACGCAGGCUGAGCAGGCUGGCUGCAGACCCAAGAUGGAGCGCUACUCCUGGCAGUGUGUCAAUCAGAGCAUCGUGUGUGGACCAGCGGAGAACAAAUGCCAGGAGCUCUUGUGCAAGUGUGACAAGGAGAUUGCUUACUGCUUAGCCCAGACUAAGUACGACUUAAAGUACUUAUUCUACCCCCGUCUCUUAUGUGAGAAGGACUCGCCCCAGUGUGACUGCCUAGCCUAACUUGGAAUGUUUUUUCACACAAGGAAAUAAAAUCUCUUUUUCACUCAUCAACAGCUGCAUUCAGUUCUUUGCAGGAGGGAACGAAGGCCAAGGGUGAAAGCUGCAACCUUUGUUUGCUUUCUCUCCCGGAACUUGGGGCUGGAGCCUGUGUGGCUUCCAGUUUAAGGUCAAGAGUCCCGUGCUAUUUUAUAAAACCACAACUAGGCCUAUGGCUGUAUUGGGUUUGGUACCAUUUUUUGAGAUUCACCUUUUAUGAAAAGGGCUGAGCUUUGUGUUCUAACCUGCUCCUGACGGCAGGUGGUCAAACAUGAACGGACACCUCCCACGUGCCUGGCCUUGUUCUGU